AUGCCUAUAAAAGUAUAUAAAAAACUAUUUUAUUAGUGAAUAUAAAAAAUUCUCAAUAAAAUUUUUUUAGUGAAUAGUUCAUACUAACACAUAAUUUUCAUUCCAUGCUAAGUCUAAUACAGCAUCUUUAUGUCCGACACGUUUCCGAUUUUUUUUUUUACUUGGUUUAGAACCAAGUUUAUAAGCUGGUUCUAAACAAUCUAUCAAAUCUAAAUCCCACACUUCUAUUAUAGGAGUCAUAUUACCAAUUGCACAUAAAUUACCUAUAACAGGAAAAAAAGUUUAUAUAAAUUCUACAACUAUAGAAAAAUAUUUUAUACUUACUUGGUUUUGGAUCUGAAGAAUCAAAGUUGAGCCAUUCUAUACACAGUGGGAAUGAUGGUAACAAUAUGUCAUGAUGACAAUAAAAUGAACCUUCAUUUUCAUUAUAUACUGAAAGAUAUUUAAAUUUAUGCUUUAGAAAUUGUUUGGAAAGAGUUUUUAUUAAAAAAUUAUAAUACUUAUAUAAUAUACAAACCAAAUACUUCCAGGAUACUGGCAUCUCCUUCUACAUGUCCUAUUAAUACAAGAUUGUCAUCACUUUUGAUAAUAUCAUCUUCUUUCUCUGAAUCAUUGUCUUCUCCUGUUAUAAAGGGAUCUUCUCCAUCUUUUUCAAAAAUUGCAAUACCACCAAUAUUGCAAUGUAUGCUAUUUGCUGUAUUUUAACAUCAAUUUUAUAAAAAAAUACGUUACUUACAUUAUAAUCUGAUAAAACUUAUCUUACAUUCGUCAUCAUAUUUAUCAAAGUUAUAUUCAUCGAUUAUGGAUGUAUUAGGUUGAGAUUCUGCUUCAUUUUUUUCUUUUACAACUUCAUCAUGUUCCUCGUCUAUAUCACUUUCAAUAUCUCUAAAAAUUGAAAUAUUUUUAAAGUUGUCAAAUUCUCCUUUAAAAUUACCAGAUAUAUUAUUAUAAUACUUACUGUAAUUCAGACUGUGUUUCUUUUAUAAUUUGUUCUAAUUCCUUUGGAGUUAAUUCAAUCUACAAAAAUUAGUAAAUUAGAUCCAUUAAACAAAACAAACUUCGCACUAGAAAUACUUUCAUUUUUAUACAUUAAAAUUGAUUAACCUUUUCAGGAUUUGUAGAGGCAACACCUUUUCUCACCCAAGUUGUACACGGUAUUAUAUUCAUUUUUAAACUAUGUAUUUUUUCACAUUUAGAAUAAAAAUUAACGUUUAGAAUAAAAAUAUUUAGAACGCUUAUGGAAACCUUAAAUAAUGUUUAGAAUAAUGCACGUGGCGCGUAUCCUACACUGCACGUGAUGAAUAUAUGAUUUCGAUUUGAUGUAUCGAUUUUACGAUACCUUAUGUGUAUUAGAAUGUAAGAAUAAAUGAUUAAUGAGAAUUCAGUAAUUUUUAAUUAAAUCUGAAAAUAAACAAAUGUAUGUUACAUAUUGAUGGUUUUAAAUAUAUUCAAAAAUAAAAUAUAUUACUUUUUUAAAAAUUAUUUGAGUAUUCUUAAACUCAUUAGAAUAUUACUACAUGUCAGGAUUAUGUCUGAAGUGAGGAACUUCAUAGUGCAUUUGAUUGAAAGGAAACAUUUAUUGAAUGGUCAGCUGAUUGUCAUUGUUAAAUUACAGUUGCUCGUAUAAGUUACAUUUUAUAUAUUUAUUAUACUGUAUUAUUAUACUGUAUUAUACUGUAUUGGUAAGUGAACUUAUAUCAUUUUGAAUUAUUAUCACUUAACAUUAAUUUUUAUCGAUAUAACUUUGUUAUAAUGUAUUAUAAAUUUGAUAACCUAAAAAUUUUCCUGACUUUUAUAAUUUGUAAUAUUAUUAGGUCAUUAAAUAAGAAUUUAUCUAUAAAUUUCAGUUGAUAAAAUGAACAGUUCAUCGGAUCCUAGACGUCCAGAACGAGAAGUUCGUUACAAACCGAGUGUGUCAAGUAGUCAAGUGCAACCAGGCGACAAUUCAACUCCAGAUUAUAUGAAUAUAUUAGGAAUGAUCUUUAGCAUGUGUGGUUUAAUGAUGAGAUUAAAAUGGUGUGCAUGGGUUGCAUUAUAUUGUUCAUGUAUCAGUUUUGCCAACUCUAAAGUGACUGAUGAUGCCAAACAAAUUCUUAGUAGUUUUAUGUUAUCUAUAUCAGCAGUUGUAAUGUCAUACUUACAAAAUCCACAACCAAUGACCCCACCAUGGGCAUCUGCCAUGCAAUAA